UUGAUUAUUUGUUUUUUGGUUUAAUAUUUUCCAAGUUUAAGGGUAUUUCUCUGAAAAUUGAAGGCAUAAUUUUCUUUUUGGCUAUUUUAUUUUACAGAAUACGUAGUGAGGCUUUGAGUAGAAAAUAGUGGGCAAAGACAAUGGAAGGAUUUUGGAGGAUGUUUUGUGGGGAAUCCGGUUGUUCAGAUACAGGAAAAAAUCCUUGCGAUGAUGAUUUUAAGUUUUCGACAGAUCCUUCCUCGUGUGUCAACCAUUUGUUGUUCAUGUGCAUUGAUGUUUUGCUGCUGAUCAUGAUCUUAUUUACAAUCAUUCAAAAGUCAUCACUGAAACCCUUCAAGGGUCUAACUUGGAUGCAAAGUCAUUCAAAAUUGCAACUAGUGUCUGGCAUAGCCAAUGGCUCUCUUGGGUUGUUACAUUUGUGCACAGGCAUUUGGCUUUUAGAGGAGAAUCUGAGGAAAAUCCAAACCCCUUUGCCUCUUCAUUGGUGGUUGCUAGAAUUCAUUCAGGGAUUGACAUGGUUGUUAGUUGGUUAUACAAGUCUUCGGCUAAAACAACUUCCAAGAGCAUGGCUACUGCUAUUUUUUGUUGCAAUUUUCUUGAUUUCUUGUAUUCUCUUUGUUUUGUCCUUGUUUUAUGCAAUUAGUAGUAGAGAACUGUCCCUGAAAGUAACUUCAGAUGUACUAUCUUUUCUCGGGGCAAUUUUAUUGCUAUUUUGCAUUUACAAGGAAGCUAAGUACAAGGACACUGACUGCAAAAAUAAUGAAAGUCUAUAUACACCUUUAAAUGAUGAGUCCAACAAAGGUGACUCUAUCAGUAAUGUCACAUUAUUUGCAAAAGCUGGACUCCUUAGUAGGAUGUCAUUUUGGUGGCUGAAUCCAUUGAUGAAAAGGGGUAAAGAAAAAACUCUUCAGGAUGAAGACAUCCCAGAUUUGGGGGAGGAAGAUAAAGCAGAAAAUUGUUAUUUGCUGUUUCUAGACCAAUUGAAUAGACAGAAACAAAAAGAACUAUCAUCACAACCAUCCGUUUUGAUGACAAUAAUUAUGUGCCACCGAAAAGAGAUUUUGAUAUCAGGAUUCUUUGCAUUGCUUAAGGUAAUCACUCUCUCAUCUGGUCCUUUGCUUUUAAAUUCCUUUAUAUUGGUUGCUGAGGGUCAUGAGAAUUUCAAAUAUGAAGGUUAUUUAUUGGCCAUAUCACUAGUCUUUACAAAGAUCAUAGAAUCCCUAUCACAAAGGCAGUGGUACUUCCGCACCAGACUUAUUGGUAUUAAAGUUAGAUCAGUGCUUAUUGCAGCAAUUUAUAAAAAGCAACUGAGGUUAUCCAAUGCUGCAAGAUUGAUGCACUCUGGUGGUGAGAUAAUGAACUAUGUGAAUGUAGAUGCUAAUAGAAUUGGAGAAUUUUCCUAUUGGUUUCACCAAACAUGGACAACAAGUGUUCAAUUAUGUAUUGCGUUAGUAGUGCUUUUCCGUGCUGUUGGGCUAGCAACAAUUGCCUCAUUGGUGGUGAUAAUUCUAACUGUGCUAUGCAACACUCCACUUGCUAAGCUACAACAUAAGUUUCAAAGAAAACUUAUGAUGGCACAGGAUGAGAGAUUGAAGGCUAGUUCUGAGGCUCUUGUGAACAUGAAAGUUUUGAAGUUAUAUGCAUGGGAAACCAAUUUUAGAAAUGCUAUUGAAAGGUUAAGGAAUGUAGAGCUAAAAAGGUUGUCAAUAGUGCAAUUAAGAAAGUCAUAUAGCAACUUUCUCUUCUGGGCCUCACCUGUGUUGGUCUCUGCUGCUUCUUUUGGGGCGUGCUACUUUCUUAAUAUUCCUUUACAUGCAAACAACGUUUUCACUUUUGUGGCAACUUUGCGCCUUGUUCAAGAUCCUAUUAGAACUAUCCCUGAUGUCAUUGGUGUGGUCAUUCAAGCAAAAGUUGCAUUUGCAAGAAUUAUAAAAUUUCUUGAGGCACCUGAACUACAAAGUGAAAAUGUCAAGAAGAGGUGUUUUAGUGACAACAUGAGGGGCUCAAUUUUAAUCAAUUCCGCUGACUUUUCAUGGGAAGAUAACAUAUCAAAACCAACAUUGAGAAACAUAAAUUUGGAUGUUAGACCUGGGCAAAAGGUGGCUAUCUGUGGAGAAGUUGGUUCAGGCAAAUCAACUCUCUUAGCAGCAAUUCUCAGAGAAGUUCCUAAUACUCGCGGAACUAUUGAAGUUUAUGGGAAAUUUGCCUAUGUUUCUCAAACGGCAUGGAUACAGACAGGUACAAUACGGGAGAAUAUAUUGUUUGGAUCAACUAUGGAUGCUGAAAAAUAUCAAGAAACACUUCAUAGGUCAUCAUUGGUGAAGGACCUUGAAUUGUUUCCCUAUGGUGAUCUCACUGAAAUAGGGGAGAGAGGGGUUAACUUGAGUGGAGGCCAGAAGCAGCGAAUUCAACUUGCUCGUGCUCUUUAUCAGAAUGCUGAUAUAUAUCUCUUGGAUGAUCCAUUCAGUGCUGUUGAUGCACAUACUGCAACAAAUUUGUUUAAUGAAUACAUCAUGGAAGGACUUGCUGGAAAGACAGUCUUACUUGUGACUCAUCAAGUUGAUUUCCUUCCAGCCUUUGAUUUUGUUUUGUUGAUGUCUAAUGGAGAAAUCAUACAAGCUGCACCUUACCAUCAUCUAUUGAGCUCAAGCCAAGAAUUUAAAGACCUUGUCAAUGCUCACAAGGAAACUUCUGGUUCUGACAGGCUUGUGGAUGUUACUUCCUCCAAAAAACAUUCAAAUACAACUCUAGAGAUUAGGAAAGUUUAUAUGGAAAACCAAUUUGAAGCAUCACAAGGAGGUCAGUUAAUUAAGCAAGAAGAGAGAGAGAGAGGAGACAAAGGGUUCAAGCCUCACUUACAGUAUCUGAAUCAGAAUAAAGGAUACAUAUACUUCACUGUGGCUGCACUUUCUCAUCUCACAUUUGUGAUUGGCCAAAUACUUCAAAACUUAUGGAUGGCUUCUAAUGUUGACAGUCCAUAUAUCAGCACCUUGAAAUUGAUUAUUGUGUACUUGUUGAUUGGGCUUAUUUCUGCAUUUUUCUUGCUCAUCAGAAGCCUUGUUGUAGUUUCUAUGAGUCUUCAAUCAUCAAAAUCUUUAUUUUCACAGCUACUGAACUCCCUUUUUCAUGCACCUAUGUCCUUUUAUGACUCCACACCUUUGGGGAGGAUACUUAGUAGGGUCUCCUCAGAUUUAAGCAUUGUUGAUCUUGAUAUCCCCUUUAGCCUUAUCUUUGCUGUGGGAGCCACGAUAACUUGUUAUGCAAAUCUUAUAGUCAUAGCAUCAAUUACUUGGCAAGUCUUGUUUAUCUCUAUACCAAUGCUUUAUAUAGCAUUUCUCUUGCAGAAAUAUUACUUUGCCACUGCAAAAGAAUUGAUGCGGAUGAAUGGCACAACUAAAUCCUUUGUAGCUAAUCAUCUUGCUGAAUCUAUUGCUGGAGUUGUGACAAUAAGGGCUUUCAAGGAGGAGGAUCGUUUUUCUGCAAAGAAUCUUACUCUAAUUGAUGUCAAUGCCAGUCCUUUUUUUCAUAACUUUGCAGCAAAUGAGUGGUUGAUGCUAAGGUUAGAAACAAUUAGUGCAGUGGUCUUUGCAUCCGCAGCACUUUGCAUAGUGGUACUUCCACCUGGAACUUUCGCCUCUGGAUUUGUUGGCAUGGCUCUCUCUUAUGGCCUUUCAUUAAACGCUACCCUAGUAUUUGCAAUUCAAAACCAAUGCACUUUAGCAAAUCAAAUAAUAUCAGUGGAGAGGCUAAAUCAAUAUAUGCAUAUACCAAGUGAGGCCCCAGAAGUAAUAGAAGAAAAUCGUCCUCCUGUGAAUUGGCCUGUUGAGGGAAAAGUAGAAAUACAUGAUUUGCAGAUAAGGUACCGGCCUGAUGCCCCGCUUGUGCUCCGAGGGAUCACAUGCACAUUUGAAGGAGGCCACAAAAUUGGUAUUGUUGGCAGAACAGGCAGUGGAAAGUCCACCCUUAUUAGUGCUUUAUUUCGUCUAGUGGAGCCAGCAGGUGGAAAAAUCAUUGUUGAUGGCAUAGACAUUUCUUCUAUUGGACUUCAUGAUUUGAGGUCAAGCUUUGGUAUAAUACCACAGGAUCCUACUCUUUUUAAUGGCACAGUUAGAUACAAUUUAGACCCCUUAUCUCAACACUCUGAUCAAGAUAUAUGGGAGGUUCUUGGGAAAUGUCAACUGAGAGAAGUUGUUGAAGAGAAAGAAGAGGGCCUGGACUCAUCAGUUGUUGAAGCUGGGGCAAACUGGAGCAUGGGACAACGCCAGUUAUUCUGCUUGGGGCGUGCUCUUUUGAGGAGAAGUAGGAUUUUGGUGCUUGAUGAAGCAACUGCAUCAAUUGACAAUGCUACUGAUUUGAUUCUGCAAAAAACAAUUAGGACUGAGUUUGCUGAUUGUACUGUUAUCACAGUAGCCCACAGAAUACCAACUGUGAUGGAUUGCACUAAGGUUGUUGCCAUCCAUGAUGGAGAACUAGUAGAAUAUGAUGAGCCAAUGAACUUGAUGAAGAGAGAAGGAUCGUUGUUUGGACAGCUUGUUAAGGAAUACUGGUCUCAUUUGCAGUCUGCAGAAUCACACUGAAGCUGGGAAAAAAAUUGUGCAACCCUUUUGUCAAUUUCCAUUGUAUUAUUAACAAGAAUCCAAGAACUUGGGAUGUAGGAAAGGAAUAAGAUAGUAAAAGGCCAAGGUCCCCACCAAAAAUAUGUUAGGCCUUUAUACCUGAGAAACUUGGGAGUCACAAACUG